AUGGCCAGUCCAGCGAAGAAGCGGAAGCUGAAUGGUGACAGCAAGCAGCCAUCAAAGGGCCUUGAAUAUUUCUUUGCAAAGCAGAAGCAAAAUGCGCCUGAGCCGAUUCCUGAGAAGCCGGACGGGCCAGUCGCAACACCCAAUGAGCGGGAGCUGACAGACGAGGAGCUUGCCAGAAAGCUUCAGGCCGAAUGGGAUCAGGAGGACGCUCAAUCUGGACGGCCUGAUGGAGAUCAGGUUGGUGCAGAAGCGGAGAGCAUCCAAGAUGUCGACCAGCCCAAAGCACCAGCUACCAGGUUAGAAACACCCGAGACUCCCGGAACACCCCAAAGUGCACCUCCCUCAGCUUUCAAGCAGAUGGGAAAGAACACACUGUCGUUGCAGUCCAUGGCAGAAGCUGAGGAAUCGGCUUCAGCGACAAUUCCCCUAGACGAGAGUCCUUUAACAUUCGAGCCGGCGAAGUACAUUCCCGAUCUGCAAAAAGCAUGGGCUGCGGAAGGCGGAAACGCGUCAUAUGCUUUGCUCACAAGAUGCUUCGUAAUAGUGGGCGGGACAACAAAGCGGAUAAAGACCGUCGAUGCGCUGGUCAAUUGCGUCCGCCUCCUCAUCGAAGCAGACCCUGCCAGCCUUCUGCCUGCGGUUUGGCUCGCCACGAACUCUAUAUCACCGCCAUACAUCUCUCUUGAGCUGGGCUUGGGUGGCUCAGCGAUCUCCAAGGCUUUGAAACAGGUCUGUGGUUUGGACGGCCGUGCCCUCAAGACUAUUUACGACAAGUACGGCGACCCAGGGGACGUGGCUUUUGAAGCAAAGAAGAAGCAGAGCUUCACUUUGCGCAAGCCGAAGCCGCUGACAAUUAGGGCUGUAUACGAGUCUUUGGUCAAGAUCGCAAACAGUUCUGGCCAGGGGAGCGUCGAGCAGAAGCAGAGGAUCGUGGACCGUUUAUUGCAAGAUGCGAGGGGCGGCGAGGAGAGCAGGUAUAUCGUGCGAACUCUGUGUCAACACCUUCGCAUUGGUGCAGUCAAAACAACCAUGCUUAUUGCCCUUUCUCGGGCUUUUCUGCUAUCCCGUCCGCCGGGAGCUGACUUCCCCAUCAGAGGCCAAAAGGAGCUCGCGGCAAUGAAAAAGGAAGAACUCACGGAGAUAUACGCGAAGGCUGAAGAGAUUGUGAAGGCUUGCUUUGCCCGGCGGCCCAAUUACAACGAUCUUGUCCCUGUCAUGCUUGAGAUCGGCGUAUGUGAGGAAUUAUUAAUUCGAUGCGGUCUGACCUUACACGUCCCACUACGGCCCAUGUUGGGCAGUAUCACAAGAGAUUUGGCCGAGAUGUUGACGAAGCUCGACGGCCGCGAGUUUGCCUGCGAGUUCAAGUACGACGGCCAACGCGCCCAGAUUCACUGCGACGAGAAGGGGAAAGUGACGAUUUUCUCGCGCCACCUCGAGGUGAUGACCGACAAGUACCCCGAUCUUGUCGCUCUCAUGCCCAAGAUCCGAGGUGAGGGUGUCGGCAGCUUUAUCAUGGAAGGCGAAGUCGUCGCGAUCGACCGUCAGAAUGGAGAGCUCAAGACUUUCCAAACUUUGUCUAACAGAGCCAGGAAGGACGUACAAAUCGGAAGCGUUACCAUCGAUGUCUGCAUGUAUGCUUUUGAUUUAAUGUAUCUGAAUGGACAGCCGCUCCUCGAUCGACCAUUUCGCGAGCGUCGAGAAUUACUGCGAUCGCUGUUCACGGAGGUUCCACACCAUUUCACGUGGGUCAACAGCAUCGAUGCCACAUCACAAGACCCGGAAACUGUCUCGGACUUCUUCAAGCAGGCCACAGACAUCAAAUGUGAAGGCAUCAUGGUCAAGAUCCUCGACAACCUGCCUGACCUCGCCUACCAAGGCGACGAUACAGGCGAGGCUGGCGAGGAGGCUACAAAGCCACCACCACCACCUGCAAGCGCGAAAGGAAAGAAGGCGAAGAAGGGCAAGGCCAAGGCCGAGGAGCAAGAAGGCGGCGAAGAAAAGAAGAAGUCCCGCCGCAAGCCCCUGCUCGCGACAUACGAGCCGGACAAGCGCCUCGACUCGUGGCUGAAAGUCAAGAAAGACUACGGCACGACCUUUGACACGCUGGACCUCGUUCCCGUGGCCGGGUGGCACGGGCAGGGUCGGAAGAAUAAAUGGUGGUCGCCGAUCCUGCUGGCGUGCCGCAACGACGAGACGGGCAGCCUCGAGGUUGUGACCAAAUGCAUCAGCGGGUUCACGGAUGCCUUCUACAAGGCCAACAAGGAGUUCUACGACGACGGUGGCGAGGGCGGCAGCGGCGAGCCGAAAAACACGCACGCCCGUCAGCCGGGCUUCGUCGAGUACUCUGGCCCGCAGCCCGACGUCUGGUUCGAGCCGCAGGAGGUGUGGGAGAUGGCAUUUGCCGACAUCACGCUCAGCCCCGUGUACACGGCUGCCAUCGGGCUGGUCAGCGAGGACAGGGGGUUGAGUAUGCGGUUCCCGCGGUUCCUGAAGAAGAGGGAGGACAAGGGUAUCGAAGAGGCGAGCACGAGUGAGUUCCUGGCUGGGCUUUAUAGGAAGCAGAGCGAGAAGGCGGCUGCUGCUCCGCCGGCGCAAGGAGACGCGGAUGUCGACGAUCAGGACCAGGACAUUGGCAUGGAUGAUAUGUGA